UGUCAAUUGUCAGAUAGAUGACGUUGAUGCCGAUCGCCCAGCAUCUGAUGUUUUCUAUUUUCUGUUUCUCUAGUUAGUUAUCUAAGAUUAUGUUAUGAAUUUAUAGUGAUGAUAUUACGAAGACUAAUUUAGUUUCAGUCCAAAGCCAGAAAUCAUUUUGAAAAUUAAUCUUAAAACUGGCCUUAUUAACAUAAUAAUUAGAGUAGUGCUUUGUCUGAAAUCAUGGAUUCAAAGAGCGAAAUUGAUUUAACUGGUAAACUUAUAAUUAAAGUUCAGUUAGAAAACGAUAUAAGAAGAAUUCCAAUACAUAAUGAAGCUAUAACUUAUGAUGAACUUGUGUUAAUGAUGCAGAGGGUAUUUAGAGGAAAACUAACAGCCUAUGAUGACAUUACAAUCAAAUACAGGGAUGAAGAUGGCGAUCUCAUUACAAUAUUUGAUAGUUCAGAUUUAUCAUUUGCAAUUCAGUGCAGCCGUAUAUUGAAACUGCAGAUAAUAUUGAAUAAUAAAAAGGAGAAUAAAUUGAAGAUUUUGUCACAUGGAGACAUCAAUAAUAUUAAGCAGCAAUUGAGGAAUAUCAGAAAUGAGGUUAAUUCAAUUCUGGAAAACCUUGAUGAUUCAGUGAGCAAAUCAGUAUCAACAACUUCAGAAACAAAAAAUACUGAAUCUGCUACUAAAGAUGCUCAGCCACCUGUGAAUCCAUUAAAUAAGGUGAAUCCCAGCGAAUUUGAUCCUUUACAAGAAAAUAAGAAUCAGAAAAAUGGUAAUGCUCUGGAGGCACCAAAAGAAAAUGCAAAAAACUCAGCAUCUAACAUGAGCAACAGUGAGAAACCUGUUUCUAGACCUCAGUCUGUUCCUAGUAUGCAGCGGGUUAAUGAGCCAGUGGCAGUCUCUGCUGCUAGCAGUGCAAGUCAACAGCUGAGUGAUUACUACAACAGGAACCCACCAACUUCUUAUGGUCAAAUUCCCUAUGCAAGUGUGCCCUAUCCUCCCCAACAUUAUGCUUAUUCUGCUGCUGGUUUGUCAUUCAGGUACACUCAGCAAGUCGAUUCUCAGGUGCCCAAUUCUGGUACUUAUACAAGUCCACCACAAGGUGGUUUGCCUUAUUCAGGCCAGCCUCAACAGUACAACAAUCCAGGACUGUAUCAAGCAGGGCAACCCAACCCUUAUUCCAAAACUUACAGUCAACCUUCAUCCCAACAUUUCCUACCACCUCGUCAAUAAAGUUGUAACACCACAUGAUCAUGACUUUUAAGAUUUCAAAAAACACCAUAGUACCAUAGUUGAAACAUGAUAAAAAAAAAUUCAUGUUAAAUUUUUGUCAGUAUGUGAAUACAAUAUUUUCAACACAGUAUGGUACUUUUAACCCAACAGAGUAACUUUUCUCGACUGAUGCAAACUAUAAUACUCCGUUUUUAUUUCAAGUUUAGCACUCUUUUUUUUUUAUGACUCAUUCAUUUGAAAUUCAUUCUCUAGGCCAAGAAUUUU